CCGCGAGCAGCAGUAUGCUCGCGCCGCGGGUACGCGCCGCACGCUCUACGCCCGAGCCUCCUUCGUGCCCAGUUCGCCAGCAGGAAUUCGAACGGCAGCGGUGCCGUUCGCGCCGUUUGCUCCCGAGCCGGCUUUCAUCCCUCGCCUUCUUCUCGCCAGGACUCCGAGACAUCGUACCGGAAAGGAUGACACCUGCUCGCGAGCCCCAGCGAAACUUCGAGCCGAGGAUCCCGUGCUCGUGGGGAAGGUGAAAGGGCAUUCGCGGCGGACAACGUCGGCCGGACGACGGGGGUGUCCCAGUGAUCAAGAUCCGUGGCCGUUGUUUCGAUCAGUGCGCCGACUAGCGGGUCCCCGGGCGGCGAUGCACAGUGACUGAUAGAGGAACGCGAUAACACCCCGCAUCGCAAAGGAGCAGUGGAAGAGCGCGGCUGUGGGGCGUUCGGGUUUGCCUCUCUGUGAAUCACAGGACCGUGGAUGCAGCCGGGUAUUGGAGGCGGAGGUGGCGCGGCCCACGCAGGUGGGACAGGUGACGACGAGGCUCCGAAAGAUCCCGGGGUUCGGAUCACCCAUCAGUCUUACACCGAGAAAGAUUACGAAGGUCACAGAGCGCACACCGUGUACGUGGGCGUGCAUCUGCCCGGCGAGAGGAGGCACCGUCGUCACCACAAGCAUCAUCAUUCCCAACGUCAGUCGUACACCGCCGAUAAGGAGAAUGUCGACAACGAUAGGCCCAGACAAUUGCUGAUGACUCGCAGGAGUCGACUAUCUAGCAUCUGCGAUCCCGACGGCGAGAUGAUAUUCACGCCGCCGGCCCAAAGGGUGCAGUUCAUCCUGGGCGAGGAGGUCGGGGACGAUGCGCACGAGUCCCAUCCUCUCUUCUCCGAGAUGGAGGAGCUCGUCAGAGACGGCGACGAGAUGGAGUGGAAGGAAACGGCCAGGUGGAUCAAGUUCGAGGAAGACGUGGAGGAGGGCGGGAACAGAUGGAGCAAACCCCACGUAGCGACCCUGUCGCUGCACGCUUUGUUCGAGCUGAGGAGUCUCCUAUUGAACGGCACCGUGAUGCUGGACAUGGAGGCGAACAGCCUGGAGCAGAUCGCCGAUUUGGUCCUGGACAGCAUGAUUAAUAAGGGAUCGUUGUCCAUUGAUGCGCGGGAGAAGGUUAGGGAGGCCCUCCUAGUGAGGCAUCGACAUCAGCACGAGAGACGCAAGGACAACAACAUGUCCAGACUGCCGAUCAUAAGAUCGCUGGCCGAGAUCGGACGGAACCAUUCCUCGUCGAAGAAUUGCGACUGUACAUGUGGUUUGCAUGCGUUGUUGACGUCAGAUUUACAGGAGCGCCGUGACGCCGGGGACGCGUACGCGGCCUCGGUCGCUCGCAGCAGCAGCUGCCCGAACUCGAACACGGCACUGCUCUCGAAAGAAGCGAAAGAUCUGAAAGGACCGUACCUACUGGUUCCAGGCCAAGAACCAGCGUCCGCCGGCAACGGGAUGGACCGGAGUCCGAGCAACGUGUCGAUCAGCAGGAAUCACAGUUCGUCCGCUUUGGAGAACGGCGAUGGGAAUCAUAGGGGGAACACUCAUUUCAUGAGGAAAAUCCCGGCAGGAGCCGAAGCGAGCAACAUCCUCGUCGGGGAGGUCGAUUUUUUAGAUAAAACCCUGUCAGCCUUCAUUCGCUUGAGCCAAGCCGGUAUAAUGGGAGACCUGACGGAAGUCCCUGUGCCAACGAGAUUCAUAUUCGUCCUGUUGGGACCAACGGGAGGUAUCUCCGGUUUCCAUGAGAUCGGCCGGGCCAUGGCCACGCUGAUGUCGGACGAGGUGUUUCACGACGUGGCGUACAAAGCGAAGAAUAGGAAUCACCUGCUGGCCGGCAUCGACGAGUUCCUGGACGCUGUUACGGUCCUGCCGCCCGGCGAGUGGGAUCCUGCUAUUAGGAUAGAACCGCCCGCUGCGAUUCCUUCGCAGGAGGUAAGAAAGCGGCCAAAAGAGGAGAAGCCAAAGGAGGAUCUGGACGAGGAAGCGGACGAGCAGAAGCAAAGGGAGGAGUCCGGUCUGUCCAGGAGUGGGAAGCUGUUCGGCGGCCUGGUCAACGACAUCAAAAGGAAAGCGCCAUUUUACUUGUCCGACUUCAAAGACGCCUUGGCGAUCCAAUGCGUGGCGUCCUUCAUUUUCCUGUACUUCGCCUGCCUGUCCCCUAUAAUCACGUUCGGCGGGCUACUGGGCGAGGCCACUGGUAAGAACAUGGCCGCCAUGGAGUCGCUCGUGUCCGGUUUCGUAUGCGGCGUCGGGUACGGCCUCUUUUCCGGGCAGCCAUUGACGAUCCUCGGUUCGACCGGUCCAGUGCUAGUCUUCGAGACGAUCGUCUACGACUUCUGCAAAAAGGCAGGCUGGAACUACAUGUCCUUCCGCUUCUGGAUCGGCUCCUGGAUCACGUUGAUCCUAGUGGUCCUCGUGGCGAUCGACGCGAGCGCCUUGGUCUGCUACAUCACGCGAUUCACCGAAGAGAACUUCGCCACUCUGAUCGCUUUCAUCUUCAUUUACAAGGCGAUCGAGAACGUGUUGUCUAUAGGCAAGAAGUACCCCAUAAAUACACACGCGAACGACCAGUUCGACUACGAGUGCUGGUGCAAGCCGCCGAACGGCACUCUGCCGUCCAGCUACGACAACGUCAAUUGGACGGCGCUGGAUCAGGGAGCGUGCCAGAGCUAUAAUGGCACCUUGGUGGGCGACGGGUGCAACCUGCCGCACUACAUACCCGAUGUGUUCCUCAUGUCAGUUAUACUGUUCAUGGGCACCUUUUUAUUAUCCGUCGAGCUGAAAGACUUCAAGAACGCUCUCUUCUUCCCAUCCAAGGUCAGACAGGUGGUCAGCGAUUUCGCAGUGAUCAUCGCGAUCUUCUCGAUGAGCACGCUCGAUCAUUUCGUGAACAUACCGACGCCGAAGCUGGAGGUGCCGGAGGAGUUCAAGCCGACGUUGCACAAUCGAGGGUGGGUGAUCUGGCCUUUCCAGAAUAAUCCAUGGUGGAGCGCCAUUGUAGCCAGCCUGCCGGCUCUCCUGGGCACUAUACUGAUCUUCAUGGACCAACAGAUCACGGCCGUGAUAGUCAAUAGGAAAGAGAACAAGCUGAAGAAAGGGUGCGGCUACCAUCUAGACCUGUUCAUCCUCGCGAUCCUGAUCGAGAUCUGCUCGGUGAUGGGUCUGCCGUGGUUCGUCGCAGCGACCGUGCUCUCGAUCAACCACGUGAACUCGCUGAAGCUGGAGUCCGAAUGCGCCGCGCCCGGCGAGAAACCGCAGUUCCUCGGCGUCCGAGAACAACGGCUCACCCACAUCUUGAUUUUCCUGAUGAUCGGCUGCUCGGUCCUGUUGACGCCGAUGCUCAGACACAUACCCAUGCCGGUCCUGUUCGGUGUCUUCCUCUACAUGGGCGUGGCAUCUCUGAAAGGCCUCCAGUUCUUCGACAGGAUCCUGAUCAUGCUGAUGCCGGUCAAGUACCAACCAGACUACAUGUUCCUUCGACAGGUACCGCUGAAACGCGUCCACCUGUUCACGGCGAUACAACUGGCUUGCCUGGCGUGCCUCUGGAUCAUCAAAUCAUUCAGCAGUACUUCCAUCCUCUUCCCUCUGAUGCUGGUGGUGAUGAUCGGUAUAAGGAAAUCGCUGGACCUAAUGUUCACGCAGCGCGAGCUGAAGAUCCUGGACGACGUGAUGCCGGAACCGAGCAAGAAGCACGCGGACGAUCUUCGCCAGCUCGAGAGUGGCGAGGAGCAUAACGAAUCGACGGGAUACGGGACGACCGCGGGUAACAUACAGAUCUCGUUGGCGAACGGGAAUAUUAUGAGGAUCCCCGUGACGAGCAUCAAUAUCAGCGAGGAGGUGAACAAGACGGGGAUCUGGCAACAGGUCAACGAGGGGAACGAGAAGCCGAAGCAGACCAAGUUGAUCAACACGUCGAAGCAAAAGAAGCACUCGAAAAAGGAUAGCUCGUUGAUGGCCGACGAGACGACGAGACUGACCACGAUGACCGAGGAGGACGAGGAUGACAGUGGGAUCUCUAUCAAGGUGACACACGUAGACUUGAUACGAUCGAAGGAGAGCAUCAGCCCGUUGACUGUGAACGGCACGACGUCGGCCGAGACUUCAGUUUAACGGUCCACGAGAUCGGUUCGCGAUCGAGAACGAUCGAG